AUUUUGCUAAUGCAAACGGGAAAGCAAGAAGGCCCAGAAAGGGGUAAGUAUAAUCUAUACGCUGAUCUGGAGAAAAUCGAGAGCAAAGGUGUUGAGAGAGAGAGAGUGUGUGAGAAGAAAGAUGGGAGAAGCUCCUAAAUCAUACAUGGAUGGUUUCAAAGGAUUUUGGUGUCAAAAAUUAGCGUAUCUUGAAAACUACACCAGAUUUACAAAGCGUGAUAAGCCAUUACCAUCUUGGUCUGAAUCCGAUGUUGAGACCUUCAUCGCUUCUGAUCCUGUUCAUGGCCCCGUUCUGAAAACUGCCAGAGAAGCUGUAAAGUAUGGCCUAGUUGGAAGUGCUGUUGGAGCAGUCACAACCGCGGGUUUUUGUUGGAAACACUCAAAGAGUCCUCAUGGUGCGGUACUUGCUCUUGGCGCUGGAGCUGUUUUUGGAUGGACAUUCGGACAUGAAAUUGCAAACCACACCCUACAACUUUACAGAUUGGACACCAUGACUGCACAAACUAAGUUUAUGGAAUGGUGGGAAAAGAAAACCGAUGGAAGAUCUUAAACCAUUUGAUCUUAGAACAUUUCAUCGUGACAUGCAAGGUUAAACCUUUUUUCUGCUUUACCAAUAAAUGUUUGGCACCAGUGAGUUGCAAUAUGUAGUGGUUGAUUUUUCUUAAAAAACUUUGAUCACAUGAAUUCCCUGCUGAUUGAUAACAUAGCAAAGUUGAUCAACUGAUUUUCUGCAAUGUCUCAGGUUUUUGGGUUGAAUGAAAUAUGAAUUUGCUCCA